AUGGGAGUCAAAAGGUAUGAGACAAUAGCUCUCACCCAAGAACGUAACAGGUCCUUGAACAAGUUUCCACCUAAAUUGAAAGAUCCAGGGAUUUUCACAAUCUCUUAUUCUAUUGGCAACACUUACGUUAGUCAAGCAUUAUGUGAUCUUGGUGCAUCCAUCAAUUUGAUGCCCAAGAGUAUUUUCACCAAAUUAGAAAUUGGAGAAGCACGUCCAACCACUGUUACCCUACAGCUUGCUGACAAAUCCAUCACUUACCCUGAAGGAAAGAUUGAGAAUGUAUUGGUAAGGGUGGAUAAGUUUAUAUUCCCUGCGUACUUUAUUGUUCUUGACUUUGAAGUAGAUAGGGAGGUGCCCCUUCUCUUGGGCAAACCAUUCCUAGCUACUGGAAGAACUCUUAUUGAUGUUGAAAAAGGAGAUUUGACUAUGAGAUUCAAUGAUGAGCAAAUAACCUUUAAUGUGUUAAAUGCUAUGAAGUAUCCAAGUCAAAUGGAGGAGUGCUCUGCAAUAGAGGAUGCUGAUGAACCACUGCUACAACAACAGGAACCAAAAACUGAGAAGGAGCCACUGGAGAUUGUCAUAGCAGAAGAAGGUGCAAUUGACAAAGAAGAGAUGGAAGCAUGUUUAGCUUGGAUUGAUGUCGAACCAGUGAUGUCAUUCAAAGAGAGACACUUUGAGUCUCUGAAUUUGCAAGAAAGAAAAGCACAACCACCAAAGCCUUCAAUUGAAGAACCACCAGUGCUGGAGCUUAAGCCACUGCCUGAUCACUUGAGAUAUGCAUAUUUUGGGGAGAAUAAUACUUUGCCCGUAAUAAUUCCGUAUCAUUUGACCAAGUUAUAG